GUGCCUGUGUGUGUUCCGUGUGACCGUCAGCUCAGACUCCGCUGGAUCAAAUCCCUGCUCGAGGCUCAGCGGGAUUAAAAUACUUCACAGCACAUUUAUCUGCACUCACUGUGGACCGAGAGCCCACCGGGAGUCCGCCAGCCGACAGCGAGGCGACGGGUCGUAUCGCGAGAACGUCCGAGAACAUGGAAACAGGACAACAAAAAUAAAUUGGUGGACAACAAGCCAGAGUGCAUGAUGGCGGCGUUGCUGCUGCGCCGGGACAAGAAAACCACCGCCGUCCACCUGAAGGCCGACUUAACCCGGACGGACGACACCAGCGGGGUCCGGCAACUCCAGGAGCUGCUCGACGUGGUGCUAAAUCCCGAGAAGCCCGCGGCGGACACGGAGGCGCUGGACUGGUGCAAAUGUCUCAUUGCAGGAGGCGAAGGUUUCGAGGAGUUCUGCAAGACGGUCCGGUCUUAUGACAACGCGACCCUGUGCGGCUUGGUGUGGACCGCCAAUUUCGUGGCUUACCGAUGCCGGACCUGUGGCAUCUCCCCGUGCAUGUCCCUGUGCGCCGAGUGCUUCAACAACGGCGACCACACGGGCCAUGACUUCAACAUGUUCCGAAGCCAGGCUGGCGGGGCCUGUGACUGUGGAGACAGUAAUGUCAUGCGAGAGACUGGAUUUUGCAGACGACAUCGGUUGAGAACGGGAGAAAAUAUCCCCUCAAUACCUCGAGACCUUCUCUUGAUGUCUGAGAUGGUUCUUCCUCGCUUCAUCCUGUGUAUCAUACAGUACCUGAGGGAUGGAUACGUCGAAGCAGACACCACAGCUGAGAGAGAUCUGCAGAAAGUCCUGCAGCAGCUGGAGCCUCAGAUCUCUUUCCUGGAGGAGCUGACGAAGAUGGGCGGAGCAAUGAGGACUGUGCUGACGAAGAUCUUGACCAAUCAGCAAACAUUCAAAGAGUUGAGCAUGGGCCAAGAGGAGAAUUUGCACGCUAAAAAGAACUAUGACAAGUAUUUGUCAGCCUUAAAGAAUUCCGGUCUGGUGUCUGUGGAGGAGAAAAGUCAAGGUGCCACUGCUGAUGUCCCAGUUGGUGCUGAAGGAGGUGCUGGGGCAUUGGUCCUAUUGGGAACCAAUGCACCAGGGCCCCCAGAUGAGUCUAGUAAAGAGGAAGAUCAAGAUGCUGGGCAAUCUGUUGGUCAGAGGAAGAGGGUGAAGCUGAGCAGCAGUACCAAAGACCCAAGGAUUAUUGAUUCUCUGAAGCAUAAAUGCUUUCUGGAGGAGUUGCUGUUUUGGACAAUAAAGUACGAGUUUCCUCAGAAGAUGGUCACCUUCUUACUAAACAUGUUGCCAGAUCAAGAUUACAAGAUCACCUUUACAAAGACAUUUGUUCAGCAUUAUGCGUUCAUCAUGAAGACGCUGAUGAAAAGCCACGAGUCGGACACCAUGUCCAAUCGCAUCGUACAUAUCAGUGUGCAGCUGUUUAGCAAUGAGGAGCUGGCUCGACACAUGACAGAGGAGUGUCACCUGCUGGACAUAAUGGUCACAGUCCUCCUCUACAUGAUGGAGAGUUGCCUUAUCAAAAGUGAACUUCAAGAUGAAGAGAACAGUCGACAUGUCGUGGUGAACUGUAGCGAGGCCCUUUUGAAGAACAACACCUACUGGCCGUUAGUUAGUGAUUUUAUUAACAUCCUCUCACACCAAAGUGUAGCGAAAAAGUUCCUGGAGGACCACUCACUGCUGAUGCUCUGGAUGAGCUUUGUGUCAUUCUUUCAAGGUAUGAACCUGAAUAAGCGGGAGCUGAAUGAACAUGUGGAGUUUGAGUCCCAGACGUACUAUGCAGCAUUUGCAGCAGAGCUUGAGGCAUGUGCACAGCCAAUGUGGGGUCUCUUAACACACUGCAAAGUCAAAGAGACUCAGGAAUAUACUAAAACUGUGGUUCGCUACUGUUUGGAGACCCUUCAGAUCUGGUUUGAUUCCAUUGGCUUCAUAGACGAGCCUGCUCCAAAUCAAGUGACUUUUCACCUGCCACUGCACCGCUACUAUGCCAUGUUCCUCAGUAAGGCUGUAAAGUGCCAAGGCCUCGACCUGGAUAGUCUCCUGCCUGACCAAGAGAUGCUGAUGAAGAUCAUGGUGCAUCCACUCCAAAUCCAGGCAUCCCUGUCCGAGAUCCACAGCAACAUGUGGGUCAGGAAUGGACUACAGAUCAAGGGACAGGCUAUGACCUACGUACAGUCGCACUUCUGCAACUCCAUGAUUGACCCAGAUAUUUAUCUGCUCCAGGUGUGUGCGUCGAGGCUAGAUCCAGACUACUUCAUAUCAAGUGUUUUUGAGAGGUUUAAAGUGGUCGACCUGCUGACCAUGGCGUCUCAGCAUCAGAACGCCGUGUUAGACUCUGAGCAGGAGAGACCAAUGCUGGAAGGAGCUCUGACCUUCCUGGUCAUACUCACGAGCCUGCGUGUACAUUUGGGGAUGACGGACGAUGAGAUCCUUCGAUCUGAGAUGGUCUCGCAGCUGUGUAUGAAUGACCGCACACACAGUGCACUCUUGGACCUUAUUCCUGAGAAUCCCAACCCAAAGAGUGGCAUCGUACCAGGGAGUUGUAGUUUUGAGGAGAUGCUCUCUUCUGUGGCCGACUUCAAAGCCCCAGUGUUUGAGCCCGGAGGCUCGAUGCAGCAGGGCAUGUACACACCUAAAGCCGAGGUGUGGGAAAAGGAGUUUGAUCCCAUCAUGGUCGUUCUCAGAACAGUCUACCGGCGUGACGUCCAGUCAGCAAUGGACAGAUACUCAGCAUUUUUGAAACAGUCUGGGAUUCACACUGGCAACCCCUGGCCGCCUUACAAGGAGAGGACUCCUCUGCACCCGUGCUACAAAGGCCUCAUCAAGCUGUUGCACUGCAAGACACUGCACAUUGUGAUAUUCACUCUGCUUUACAAGAUAUGGAUGGAUCACCCGAACAUGUCGGAGCAUGUGCUGUGCAUGGUGCUGUACCUGAUCGAGCUGGGCUUGGACAACCAAGUUCAAGACAACAAGGACAAUGAGGAGCCUUGCAUUGAGGAGCACUGCCAUGACAGCUGGUUCCCAGGCACCAAUCUCCUCUCCAACCUGCACCAUGUCAUCAACUUUGUGAGGGUUCGGGUCCCUGAAACGGCCCCAGAAGUGAAGAGAGAGGCCCCACCCAGCACCAGCACCGAAGCUUCCUCUUAUGGCCAGAACUCCAGACGUCUUUCAGGGAAUUGGAGAGAGAACCUGCGGGAAGCUCAGGUCUUCAGCCUCGUGGCGGAGCGCAGGAGGAAGUUCCAGGAGAUAAUCAACCGCAGCAACACCGAGGCCACCCAGGUUGUCAGGCCCAAGAGCUCCUCAACCCGCUGGGUCCCGCCAGGCACACCUCCCCAGCUGGUGACGGAGAUCCUGGAGAUCCGAGAGAGCAUGCUGUCUCUCCUCAUCAAGCUCCACCAGAAACUGUCGUCCAGGCCGAACUCCCUGUCACCAACCUGGCUGGAGGAUAUGGACACGAGCCGUCACGCUCACGGAGACGGCAUUACGGCCAUUGAGCGUAUCCUCACCAAGGCAGCCACGCGCAGCUGCCAAAUCAAGCGUAGCAUCCAGGACAUUUGUGGAAAAGUGUGUCCUCCAGUGCCACCAAAGAAGAACAGUCCAUCUGACAAGAAAACCAUGGAUAAAGAAGAGAGACGCCAGAGGGCCAGAGAGAGACAGCAGAAACUGCUCGCUGAAUUUGCUUCCAGGCAGAAGAGUUUCAUGGAAACAGCCAUGGAUGUUGAAUCCCCUGAAACCGAGGCAGCUAUGGAUCUUGGAGCAUCUGAGGUGAUGGAGUCCGAAGUUCUUUAUGACUGUGUCAUCUGUGGCCAGAGUGGACCGUCCACUGAGGACCGUCCCACUGGCCUUGUAGUUCUCCUGCAGGCAUCCUCAGUGCUUGGGCAUCGCUGCAAAAACCAAGAGGCUAAGAAGCUACCGACGAGCGAUGAAGAGCACAUCUAUCCUGCAGACACGUGUGGAGUGGCUCAUGAUGUCAAGCUCACGCUAAUGCAACGGUUCUUCAAAGAUAGUUCUUGUCUGCAGUCUGUGUCCAUAGGUUGGGACGGAGGCGUCUACGUCCAGACCUGUGGACACACUUUGCACAUAGAUUGCCACAAGUCCUACAUGGAGUCUUUGAGGAAUGACCAGGUGCUCCAGGGUUUCUCGGUUGACAAGGGUGAAUUCACAUGCCCACUCUGUCGGCAGUUUGCCAAUAGUGUCCUUCCCUGUCGCCCUGGGCGGGGCACAGAGGGCGGAGCCUGGCACGCACCCACAAACAAGAAGUUGUGUGUGCUUGUGAAUGAAGUAGAAGAUCUUCAGGAGAGACUAGGACCCUUUCCCACGGAGUCCAACUUAAGUAAGGAGAUGGAGUUGGUUAUCAAAGACAUCAAGAACACCACCCAGAAGAAAUACAUGGACUAUGGCAAGAACGCUGGCUCUCCUGACAACGACUUCCUCUUCAUGUACUCGGUGGCCAGGACCAACCUGGAGUUGGAGCUUGUGCAUCGGGGAGGAAACCUGCGCUCUGGAGGAGCCAGUGCAGCUGCCAAACGCUCAUGUCUUAAUCAGCUGUUCCAUGUGCUGGCCAUGCACAUGCGUCUGUACAGCAUUGAUUCAGCCUACAACCCCUGGACUAAGCUGACUCACAUUACACAAAGCAAAGAGGCAGACAGCUUCGAUGAAGAGAGACCCGAGGUACCCAUGCUGUUUCGAGACGUCCCUUCCCUCCUGAUCAUCUUUGUGCUAACGAUGCCACAGCCUCUGCGAAAAGAGCACUUUACCUGUGUGGUGAAGAUGCUGUACAACCUGCAGUUCAUCCAGGCUCUGACUGCUCUGUCGACCAAGUUCAGCCCAGAGGAGAGGCAGGCCUGGAGCACGUCCGGAGCACUCAAGAAGAAUGCUGCAAACGCUGAGAGGUGUUUUGAAGCGCUGCUCAGUCACGCCAUCGGUGAACUCUCCAAGGACAAGAGUAUCUACAAGGUGAACGCUGAGGAAACGUCAAUGCUGAGCUCCAGUGUGUGGUCCCCGCAGUCCAUCGAGUUCAGCCUCCAGCAGUUCUGCCUGCCUUUCCUCCGCCUCUCCAGCCUCCUGCAGCAUCACCUCUAUGGAGAUGACCUCACUGGCUGCAUGGAGGAGGAGGAGUUCUCGUCCUUGGCUGCGUGUGUGGGGCUCUUACCAUCGGCCCCUCAGCCUUCUAACACUGUGCACAGUGCCUCGUUCCUGGAGUGGACGGUCAGCCCCUUCGACCUGGUGACACAGUGGUGUGCUGAGGUCCAGGGGCUCUCUCAGAUGCAGGCUGAGCAGUCAGUGACGUUGCUUGAUCAGGAUCCUCAGUGGGCGUCCCCUCGCCUUUUGCAGCUCCCUGACAACUACAAUAUCAUCUUCCAGUACUAUCACAGGAAGGCCUGCACUGCCUGCAAGAAGGUGCCAAAGGACCCUGCUCUCUGCCUCGUGUGCGGCGCCUUCGUCUGUCUCAAAGGCGUGUGUUGCAAACAGCAGGGUAUUUGUGAAUGUGUUUUGCACUCGCAGCAUUGUGGCGCAGCUACAGGCAUCUUUCUACUGAUAAACGCCUCAGUCAUCAUCAUCAUCCGCGGACAUCGGUUCUGCCUGUGGGGUUCUGUGUACCUCGAUGCUCACGGAGAGGAGGACCGGGAUUUACGCCGUGGCAAGCCUCUCUUCUUAUGUGAGGAGAGGUAUCGAGUGUUGGAGCACCAGUGGGUAUCACACACCUUUGACCACAUCAAUAAGCGUUGGGGGCCUCACUAUAAUGGACUCUAAGAUCUUCCACAGUCCGGAGAAAACCGCAACCCGUGAACGGAGAAGGAUUUUUGUUUUUGUCUGGCUCAUGCGUCUGUCUCGAUCAAACAUAUUUUGGACUUUUUAACGUGAUGAACACAAACUUGCGGUGAGGGUUUUUGCUGGCACAGCCUUGGUUUAUGUGAAGUUUGGUGUACAAUCAUGCCUAAAGAUUAACACGUGUGUGUGUUUAAGUGAUUUAUUGUGUGGUUUUCAACAGGGGAAAAUAAAUAAAUUGGUGAGAUCUAAGUAAAGCAAGCACAACUUUGCCCAAAUUUGAAAUUGGUUUGGAGCAGGCUUUUGAAGCCUUGCAUAUUUAUCUGGGUUCAAAACGACAUACGGUAGAGAGUGCUGGAAGUCCCUGCAAAGUUUGAAAACUUUUUUUCAAAAUGUCUGAUGUUGUUGCAUAUCCCUUUUAUUUAUCAAAACGUGCUCUGCUGUACUGGCAUGAGUUCCAAGCUCCUGAUGAGUGUAGCGAUGUUUUUGCACUCAGUGUCUCGACAGGACAAGUCCACCCAUCAACACACUAGAGGUUUUUUUUGCAAACGAGCAAAGACUCUUUUGUUUUCUUUUUAAUGGGUCUUGUUGCAAUCCAUCCUCAGGAAUUCUUUUUUUCUGUUUUUGCUGUUUAAAAAAAUAAGUUUUAGAUAUUUAAAUAAAUGCUGCUGCUCAUUGUUCAAGUAAGUGAUUUUAACUUUUGUGAAGACUUUUUUUUUUUUUUCUAAGGUUGUGCUUUGGGUUUACAGAAGAUGGUUUGGAACGUUGACUCCAACUCACUUUAAUGUUUAUGGAGGUUUGCGGUCGCUUUCUUUCAAGAUUCCCCUCUUCACUUAACCUAGUCCUGUCCCAUCUGCUCUUUUUGUGUCUGGAUAGUUCUGAACAAGCAACUCCAAUGCCAACUCUUUAAAUGGCUAAACCAUUGACUGUACAUAAUGAUGGUAGACGUGUCUCCACUUCCUCCACCUUGAACAAAAAUUAAGCUUAAAUAUCCUAGACACAGGUUUGGCCACCUUGUGCUUGUGACGUCAUUUGGAACCGGAGUUUAAGUAGCAGUGAUUGUGGUGUGGAGCCACUCGACCAAUCGCGUGUUAUUAUCAGCUGUCAAGUACGACGUUUCACCUAAUUUUAAAAGCAUCAAAUAAGUAAAUAAAAGCAAAGUUACCAGAAAAAUCAACACUUAAACAAACAUCACAGUGAUAGAGAAAGAACACAUCUUUUAGAAAAAUGUAUCCGACAUGUGUUUGGACUUUUAUGUUUGAUUCAUUUUCCCAUCUGCUAACAUGGAGGUGGCAGGUUUUAUUACCUAUACAUCAGCCGGCCACUAGGGGGUGAUCAAGAUCAUUUAGCUCCACUUUGGGGAUCUAUCAUGUCGUCCAUCUUUAUAUACAGUCUUUGAGCUAAACUCGCUGUCCCUGCUCCACAGAAACCUUGAAUUCAAACCCCCAGAAUCGAAGUCAUAUACAUUUUGAUUGGGUGUCCUGCUGCACUGGCAGAGCUGAACACCACAUGAGAAAUGAAACGUUAUAUCAGCUUCAUCAAAAGUUUUCUCUGAAGAUUUAAAACUCAAUGGAAUCUAAGUUGCUUUUGUUAAGAAAAGUCGAUACGCCUCGUGUGUCUGUGCUGUCAGAAAAAAAAUAUUUUCCUUUUGAUGCUUUUUUUAAUUGUCGAGUCAAAACUGCAGUACAGAGCAUUUACUGUGAUAGCUCAUGUAGUUGUGAUUUAUAGUUGCAUUCCAACUUUACAAGAUCAUCAAACUUGAGUAUCUGGUCUACACUGUGCAUGACAUCCUUUACACCACAAUUAUUCAAGUGUCUUAGCUACUUUUUUUUUCUGAUUAUCAUCCGUUGUUUUUUUCUGGAGGGGAGGAGAUUUAUCCAGUGCCUGCAAAAUAUCAUUUUUCUUCUGAGUGAUAAGCAGCACAAACUGCUUAUAUCCCUGAUGUUUUUUUUUUUUUCUCGCUAUGAAAUGCUGGGCCACAUUAUGCUGCAUCAAAGAAUUUUAAAGGAACAAGCUUACACUUGAAAACCUUUGUCUUGAAUUCAUGCAUGCUGCUUUUUCUGUUUACUGUGUUUCUCCUCCCUUCUGUGUUCUGCAGUACCAACUUUGUAAAUGACCGCAACCAAAAUAGCCAAUGAGUAACGGGGGGGGGGGGUAAAAAGUAACUGAAAGCUCUUGUGUGUUCUCCUGUAUGAAUGAAGAGAGAAUACAGUAUAUUACUGUAGGUGCUGACUCAAACUUUCUGAGUUUGUUCAGAAAGCGUGACUUGGACAUUUAAUGCAAAUGUAACAUAUGUGAAUAAAAUAUAAACACAC